ACCAAACAAAUCGACAUGAAGGCUUUCAUCGUUCUUAUGGCUCUGGCCGCCUGCACCGCCACCGCUCUGGCUGGCCGCACCCUGGACCGCUGCUCCCUGGCCCGCGAGAUGUCCGACCUGGGUGUUCCUCGUGACCAGUUGGACAAGUGGACCUGCAUUGCCCAGCAUGAGAGCGACUACCGCACCUGGGUGGUCGGCCCGCCCAACUGGGAUGGAUCCAACGACUACGGUAUUUUCCAGAUCAACGAUCUGUACUGGUGCCAGGCCGAUGGACGUUUCUCCUACAACGAGUGCGGCCUCAGCUGCAAUGCCCUGUUGACCGACGACAUCACCAACUCCGUGCGUUGCGCCCAGAAGGUGCUCAGCCAGCAGGGAUGGUCCGCCUGGGCCGUGUGGCACUACUGCAGCGGAUGGUUGCCGUCCAUCGAUGAGUGCUUCUAAACUGAUAUUGACCCCGAAUAAAUUAACUGCAUAUAAAA